AACGACAUUGGCAUGAACCUUGGUAAUAUCACAGAAGAGAAACCAGCAAAUUCUUUGACUCGUCCUAGUGACAAUAAAUAAACAUAGAUGCAAUCUUGUAAACUUCAGACAUCUUGUAGUUAUUGUAAAUACCAGUACUCUUGUUCCAGCUUAUGCCAAUUGUGCGUACUGGAGGCCGGCAUAACGACAAGUGAGAUGAACUUAUAAACACCAGCUUCCCUUUAAUGGUCUUCAUCUUCAUUCAAGCUAACAACUAAAGCCAGAUGGUUCAGCUUCAGCUCUCUCUCCUUUUUGUUGCCGGAUUUGCAUUCAUCUUCCAACAAGUAUAUGGAGGGAAGGUGAUGAUGGAGUACAUUGGAGCCACUGGUGUUUCGGUAUCAUUUGACGAUGUACCAAUUAAUGAUGGAAUCGACUUUCAUUUCAUACUUGGCUUUGCUGUUGAUGCAGAUGAAUCAGGCAACUUCCAAAACGGAAAAUUUUCACCAUAUUGGAUACCUGAAUUAACCCCAAUGUCUGUUGCAGCUAUAAAAAAAGCCCACCCUAACGUAAAAGUCAUGGUAAGCCUGUCUGGUUGGAGUAUAGGCACGAAAACCUUACACUGGUACAUCCCAGAAAACUCCGAAAAAUGGAUAAGUAAUGCUGUCUCAUCUCUCACUUCCAUCAUCACCACUUACCAUCUUGAUGGCAUUGACAUAGACUACGAAAAGUUCCGCAACAGUUCUAAAACUAAUGCUAAUUUUGCUUAUUGCAUUGGCGAGCUUAUCACACGUUUGAAAGACCAGGGUGUCAUUUCCGUGGCCAGCAUUGCACCGUUUUACAGCACAGUUGCUCCUUACAUUGCACUCUAUCAGGGUUAUGGACAUGCCAUAGACUAUGUCAAUCACCAGUUCUACACUGACAAGGUAAAGACCCCGAAAGGAUAUUUGAAGGCCUUCGAGCUACGAGCCAACCAAUUUGACAAGACAAAGCUGUUGCCAGCCUAUGAAGUGAACGGAAGAGGAAUUCAGGGUGAUCUUUUCUUUGAUGCUUUAAGCCUAUUGGAGGACAAUGGAUUCCUAAUUAAUGGGGUGAUGAUCUUCUCAGCUGAUGCUUCUUCUGAGAAUAAGUAUCACUAUGAGAGGAAAUCACAAGCUUUCUUGCUCAAUUCUACUAGUACAUCUGUGUAACAUCGAUAUCCAUCGAUCCAUCUGCAUGCAUCCUUUGGUUGCUUUGUAAUGUACUAAGCUUACAAUAUCAGAAGUUGUGAUAGAUUGCUUUAUCUCUAUUAUUUUGAACCUCCCUUAAUACGUUCUACGGAAUAAAUUAUA